UGCAUGCUCUGCGCGCGCACACACACCCCGCUAGCGCCCCUGAUUCGCACCCCGGGAUCGUGCAGGGGAGGCGAGAGAGAGAAAGCGGCGAAGUUGGGAGGAUUCAAGGACUGUUGUCUUGUUAGAAGUGGCCCGAUUCUCCUGAGGCAGAGAAGGCGCCCUUGGACCCCCUUGCCGGACUUUGAUCAGUUCCAGCAGGUGAUGAGUGGGAGAACCGAGAAUGAGGGAAAGCCCCAUGGAGAAUUGUUUGGAGGUGCCAGAUGGAAAAGGAGGGGGAAAGAGGGAAGGUCACAUCAAAGAAUCAACACAGAGGUGAAACCAUAUAAAUGCUUUGAGUGUGGAAAGAGUUUCAGUGUGAGCCAAUCACUUACCAUCCAUCAAAGAAUCCACACUGGAGAGAAACCAUAUGUAUGCAUAGAAUGUGGAAAGAGCUUCCACUUGAAGGGAAAUCUUACUAGACAUCAAAAAACCCACACUGGAGAGAAACCAUAUACUUGCAUGGAGUGUGGAAAGAGCUUCGGUAGGAAUAGCAGUUUUACUGUCCAUCAAAGAAAACACACUGGAGAGAAACCAUAUACUUGCAUGGAGUGUGGAAAGAGCUUCACUGUGAGUGGCAAUCUUACUGUCCAUCAAAGAAUACACACAGGAGAGAAACCAUAUGUAUGCAAAGAGUGUGGAAAGAGCUUCAGUCAGAGGGGAUACCUUACCGCCCAUCAAAGAACCCACACUGGAGAGAAACCAUAUGUAUGCAAAGAGUGUGGAAAGAGCUUCAGCUCGAAGGGAAAUCUUAAUCAACAUCAAAGAACCCACACAGGAGAGAAACCAUAUGUAUGCAUGGAGUGUGGAAAGAGCUUCAGUAUGAGUGGCACUCUUAUUGUACAUCAUCGAACCCACACUGGAGAGAAACCAUAUGUAUGCAUGGAGUGUGGAAAGAGCUUCACUAUGAGUGGCAAUCUUACUGUACAUCAAAGAACGCACACUGGAGAGAAGCCAUAUGAAUGUCUGGAGUGUGGAAAGAGCUUCAGAGAUCGUGCAACGCUUACUUUGCAUCAAAGAAUUCAUACAGGGGAGAAACCAUAUAAAUGCUUGGAGUGUGGGAAAAAUUUCAGUCAGAGUGGAAAUCUUACUGUCCAUAAAAGAACCCACAUGGGAGAGAAACCAUAUAAAUGCUUGGAGUGUGGAAAGAUCUUCAGCCAAAGUGAACACUUGACUUUGCAUGGUAGAAUCCAUAGAGGGGAGAAACCAAAUAAAUAUGUGCAAUGUGGAAAGAGUUUCAGUCCAAGUAGAUCUUUUACCAUUCAUCAAAGGACGCACAUUAGAGAGAAACCAUAUAAAUGCUUGGAGUGUGGAAAGAGCUUCAAUCAGAGUGGAAGUCUUAUUGUACAUCACAGAAAUCACACUGGAGAGAAACCAUAUAAAUGCUUGAAGUGUGGAAAAAGCUUCAAGCGGAGUGGAAAUCUUACUGAACAUCAAAGAACCCACACUGGAGAGAAACCAUAUACUUGCAUGGAGUGUGGAAAGAGCUUCGGUAGUAACAGCAAUUUUACUGUCCAUCAAAGAAUACACACAGGAGAGAAACCAUAUGUAUGCAUGGAGUGUGGAAAAAGCUUCAAGCGGAGUGGAAAUCUUACUGAACAUCAAAAAACCCACACUGGAGAGAAACCAUAUAAAUGCUUGGAAUGUGGAAAGAGCUUCCGCUCAAAGCGAUAUGUUACUGUACAUCAAAGAAUCCAUACUGGAGAGAAACCAUAUAAAUGCUUGGUGUGCAAAAAAUGCUUCAGUGAAGCUGUGAGCCUCAGAUCACAUCAAAGAACCCACACUGGAGAGAAACCAUAUAAAUGCUUGGAGUGUGGAAAGAGCUUCCGUGGGAAUAGCAGUCUUACUGUACAUCAAAGAAUCCACACUGGAAAGAAACCAUAUGUAUGCAUGGAGUGUGGAAAGAGCUUCAUUGCGAGUUGCCAGCUUACUGCCCAUCAAAGAAGCCACACAGGAGAGAAACCAUAUACAUGCUUGGAAUGUGGAAAGAGUUUCCGUGAUGGUAGAUAUCUUAUUGUACAUCAAAGAACCCACACAGGAGAGAAACCAUAUGUAUGCAUGGAAUGUGGAAAGAGCUUCAGUAAGAGUGGCAGUCUUACUGUGCAUCAAAGAACCCACACAGGAGAGAAACCAUAUAAAUGCUUGGACUGUGGAAAGAGCUUCAGCCUGAAUGGAAAUCUUACAAUCCAUCAAAGAACCCACACUGGAGAGAAACCAUAUGUAUGCAUGGAGUGUGGAAAGAGCUUCAGUAUGAGUUGCCAUCUUAGUAGUCAUCAAAGAACCCACACAGGAGAGAAACCAUAUGUAUGCAUGGAGUGUGGAAAGAGCUUCAGUAAGAGUGGCAGUCUUACUGUGCAUCAAAGAACCCACACAGGAGAGAAACCAUAUAAAUGCUUGGACUGUGGAAAGAGCUUCAGCCUGAAUGGAAAUCUUACAAUCCAUCAAAGAACCCACACUGGAGAGAAACCAUAUGUAUGCAUGGAGUGUGGAAAGAGUUUCAGUAUGAGUAGCAAUCUUAUUGUACAUCAAAGAAAUCACACUGGAGAGAAACCAUAUACAUGUGCAGAGUGUGGAAAAAGCUUCAGUCAGAAUGGGCAACUUACAGUCCAUCAAAGAACCCACACUGGAGAGAAACCAUAUAAAUGCUUGGUGUGUGGAAAGAGCUUCAGAGACAGCACAUCUCUUACAAAGCAUAAAAGAGUUCAUACUAAAGAGAGACGCUUUAAAUGCUUUGAAUGUGGCAAGAGUUUCACUGAGAGUGGACAAAUUAGUAAACAUAGAAGAAUUCAUACAGGGGAAAAACCAUAUAAAUGCUUCGAGUGUGGAAAGAGCUUCACACAGAGUACAGAGCUUACCAUACAUCAAAGAAUCCACACUGGAGAAAAGCCACAUGAAUGUUUGGAAUGUGGAAAGAGUUUCAGUCAGCGUGGAUACCUUACCAUACAUCAAAGAACCCACACUGGAGAGAAGCCACAUGAAUGUUUGGAAUGUGGAAAGAGCUUCAGUCAGCGUGGAUACCUUACCAUACAUCAAAGAACCCACACUGGAGAGAAGCCACAUGAAUGUUUGGAAUGUGGAAAGAGCUUCAGUCAGUGUAGAUACCUUACCAUACAUCAAAGAACCCACACUGGAGAGAAGCCACAUGAAUGUUUGGAAUGUGGAAAGAGCUUCAGUCAGCAUAGAUACCUUACCAUACAUCAAAGAACCCACACUGGAGAGAAGCCACAUGAAUGUUUGGAAUGUGGAAAGAGCUUCAGUCAGCGUAGAUACCUUACCAUACAUCAAAGAACCCACACUGGAGAAAAACCAUAUGUAUGCAUAGAAUGUGGAAAGAAGUUUAGUGUGAGUAACCAACUUAGUAGGCAUCAAAGAACCCACACUGGAGAAAAACCAUAUAAAUGCUUGGUAUGUGGAAAGAGCUUCAGUAGGAGUGGACCCCUUACCAUACAUCAAAGAACCCACACUGGAGAAAAACCAUAUAAAUGCUUGGAGUGUGGUAAGUGCUUCAGUGCAGGUGGACCCCUUACCAGACAUCAAAGAACCCACACUGGAGAGAAGCCACAUGAAUGUUUGGAAUGUGGAAAGAGCUUCAGUCAGCGUGGAUACCUUACCAUACAUCAAAGAACCCACACUGGAGAGAAGCCACAUGAAUGUUUGGAAUGUGGAAAGAGCUUCAGUCAGUGUGGAUACCUUACCAUACAUCAAAGAACCCACACUGGAGAGAAGCCACAUGAAUGUUUGGAAUGUGGAAAGAGCUUCAGUCAGCAUGGAUACCUUACCAUACAUCAAAGAACCCACACUGGAGAGAAGCCACAUGAAUGUUUGGAAUGUGGAAAGAGCUUCAAACAGAGUGGAGACCUUAACAUACAUAAAAGAACCCACACUGGAGAAAAGCCAUAUGUAUGCAUAGAGUGUGGAAAGAGGUUUAGUGUGAGUAGCCAUCUUAGUAGGCAUCAAAGAACCCACACUGGAGAAAAACCAUAUAAAUGCUUGGUAUGUGGAAAGAGCUUCAGUAGGAGUGGACCCCUUACCAUACAUCAAAGAACCCACACUGGAGAAAAACCAUAUAAAUGCUUGGAAUGUGGAAAGAGCUUCAGUGCAAGUGGACCCCUUACCAGACAUCAAAGAACCCACACUGGAGAGAAGCCACAUGAAUGUUUGGAAUGUGGAAAGAGCUUCAAACAGAGUGGAGGGCUUACCAUACAUCAAAGAACCCACACUGGAGAAAAGCCAUAUGUAUGCAUAGAGUGUGGAAAGAGGUUUAGUGUGAGUAGCCAUCUUAGUAGGCAUCAAAGAACCCACACUGGAGAAAAACCAUAUAAAUGCUUGGUAUGUGGAAAGAGCUUCAGUAGGAGUGGACCCCUUACCAUACAUCAAAGAACCCACACUGGAGAAAAACCAUAUAAAUGCUUGGAGUGUGGAAAGAGCUUCAGUGCAAGUGGACCCCUUACCAGACAUCAAAGAACCCACACUGGAGAGAAGCCACAUGAAUGCUUGGAAUGUGGAAAGAGGUUCAAACAGAGUGGAGAGCUUACCAUACAUCAAAGAACCCACACUGGAGAAAAACCAUAUAAAUGCUUGGAGUGUGGAAAGAGCUUCAGUGCAAGUGGACCCCUUACCAGACAUCAAAGAACCCACACUGGAGAGAAGCCACAUGAAUGCUUGGAAUGUGGAAAGAUCUUCAAACAGAAUGGAGAGCUUACCAUACAUCAAAGAACCCACACUGGAGAGAAACCAUAUGAAUGCAUACAGUGUGGAAAGAGGUUUAGUGUGAGUAGCCAUCUUAGUAGGCAUCAAAGAACUCACACUGGAUAAAAACUAUAUACCGUAUUUUACGGACUAUAAGACGCACCUUAAUUUUAAUGCAGUUUUUCAGAGUUUUCAAGCUUUCCUUCUCCUCUCGCCUCCAUCUCCCCUCCAAGCCCUCCCACCAUGCCCCACUCUGUUUUUCCCCUCUUCUGCCAGCAGCAGUGAGCCCACGUUGGUGACCCGCGGCGGCUGCUGCUGGUUGUUGCUCAUUGCGGCCGCUGGCGGGGCCCACCCGGGACCUCCUUCUCCACCUCCUCUUGUGCCUCCGGCGGCUCCUGCGGGCUGGUGCUCGCCUGCGCAGGCUUGUUUCCCGGACGAGCCCCGCGUCCCCUCAGAGGGCGGCAGCGCAGCAGCCUCCCUCACUGCAGCAGCAUCGGGGCGGCAACCAGAGGGAGCCCGGGGAGUGGGGCGGCAGGCGGGCUGACUAGGCCGCUCCCAGCAGGCCCCAGUGAGAGAGGAAGGGAGGUGGUAAGCGAAUCCUCCCUGCUUGCCCUUCCUCCUCCUCCCCCCUCUCUUUCCCGACAAGCCCUAAACUUCCAACUUCUCCCUGGCUCCGUCCGCACAAUCCAACAUGGCAGGGAGUGAGGAGCGGACGAGACCAAGCGGCGCGAGUGGAGAGGGGAGGACGGGGCUAGAGGCGAAGCAGCCGGUACAGGGAGCAGCAGCAACAACAGCGUCAAGCUUUUCGCAGAAGGGCCCGUCCGCGCCUUCGCUUUCCCCUCCACCCUCCCUCCUUUUCCGGAGUGUAAGACGCACCUGAAUUUGGGCGGAUAUUUUUUGAGGGAAAAAGUGUGUCUUAUACUCCGUAAAAUACGGUAAAUGCUUGUUGUGUGGAAAGAGCUUCAGUCAGAGUGGAUACCAUACAUCAAACAACCCACACCGGAGAGAAGCCACAUGAAUCCUUGGGAUGUGGAAAGAGCUUCAGAGAGAGCACGUCUCUUACAAAGCAUGAAAGAGUUCAUACUAGAGAGAGACUCUUUAAAUGCUUUGAAUGCGGAAAGAGCUUCAGUCAGAGUGUAAGCCUUUUUAAUCAGAUGACUCAUAUAGGGGAGAAACCAUAUAAAUGCUUGGUGUGUGGAUAGAGGUUCAGUGAUGGUUGAAAUCUUACUAAACACCAAGGAACCCACACUAGCGAUAAACCAUAUAAAUGUUUGUAGUAUGAAAAGAGCUUCAGUAUGAGCAGAUCAUUUACCAUCCACACUGGGGAGUGUGGAGUGUGAAUGUUUGGAGUGCAAAAAGUGCUUCAGCUGAGCUGACUGUCUGACAGUGCACCCAAGAACUCAUUGUGGGAGGAAGCCACAUAAAUACUAGAAGUGUGGCAAGAGCUCCAUCCAAACUUGACGGCUUAUUUUGCAUCAAAGAAUCCAUACAGGGGAGAAACCAUAUAAAUGUAUGCAGUUUGAAAAGUUUCAGCAUGAAUUUUCUGCUUACUUUACAUCAAAUAACCCACACUGGAACACAGGAAUAUAGAAAGCUGCCAUAUACUGAAUCAGACCAUAGGUCUAUCUAGCUCAGUAUUGUCUACACAGACUGGCAGCAGCUUCUCCACGGUUACAGGCAGGAAUCUCUCUCAGCCCUCUCUUGGAGAUGCUGCCAGGGAGGGAAUUUGAAACCUGCUCUUCCCAGAGCGGCUUCAUCCCCUGAGGGGAAUAUCUUACAGUGCCCACACAUCAAGUCUCCUAUUCAUGUGCAACCAGGGCGGACCCUGCUUAGCUAAGGGGACAAGUCAUGCUUGCUACCACCAGACCAGCUCUCCUCUCCUGGAAAGAAAUGCUGUAAAUGCUUGGAGUGUGGAAAUAGCUUCGGCCAAAUUUCACAGACAACAGUGGCGUAUCUGCCUUGGGGUAGCUGGGGGUGCCAUGCUAGUGCCACAGUGCCGCUGCCUGUCUGCCCAGUUUGGGGUUUUUUUGUUGUUGUUGCGGUGGGGUGUGUGUGUUCAGAGCAGGGCCCGCACUGCUCUUUGUCCCCAGCCGCGUGUCUUCCCAACUGCACAUCGUGCGCCUGUGCAGCGGAAAGAGAUUUCCCCAUUAGAUCAAUUGCUGUUUGAACUCUCUUCCUUUUAUUUUCCCAUACAAUGCAAAGCAACUGCUGUGUUGCUCUUUUGGGGGAGAGGGGAAAUGGUCAACUUUAGUAGUGCAAGACUGUGAAAUCAUUUUGCAGUCAAGGACUCCCCCCUCCACACACACACACACCCCUUGCCUCUUUAAAGUUUCAUGUUAGAAGAAUAUUGGCAUAUUCCUUUUCUUUCUUUUUAUUGUGCAUCUUUAACUAAACAAUAUCUGAUUGUAAUAUAACUGGCAGGAUAAACAUAAUCAUGGACACACUGCUCUGGGCGCCUUGGAGUAAUAGCGGGAUGUUGACAUGACAAUAAACAAAUGCCUUUAUAUAAUUUUCAUGUAGUGCCAUAAUUUGUUAAUUAAAAGAUUAACGAGCUUGA